AUGUGGUUUUGUCAAAGUUUAGCUCAAACGGGCGGAACAGGCUCAAACUACACCACGACGCCGCCCACCGUCCACAAGCGGAAGGCUUCUGAGGCAGAGAUCACUCUCAGCCCUUCCGACGAGCCUCGCAAAAAGACGCAAAAGUCCCCAGAAUUACCCACCAUCGACAACCUCCCAGCUACGCCUGUCACAGAGGCCUCCGGAAAUAUGGACUCCGAUGACGAUUUCAACAGCUCCAUGAGCGGAGAGGACUUUGAAGAUCAGGAUAGCGACAUGGGCAUCGAAGACGACUCCGACUUCGAUAUGGACCAGGACGACGUGGGAUUCGAGACGCAGGACAAGGACAUCAAGCCUACGAAACAGGCUCAUGAGGUCGACUUCAAGGUCUUUGACCCCGCACAGAUCCAAGCACAGCAGCAGGAGAAAAUCGACGAGCUCUCGAGUAUACUGAACCAACCACCGGAGGCCUCCGCUAUACUCCUUCGAUACAUGCGCUGGAACAAGGAACGCCUGAUCGAGCAGUACAUGGAUAAGGAACAGGAGGUAUUGGAGAGCGCAGGACUUGGACAAGAUGCUCAGACCAACCCGCCGAAGCUGCAGAAGAUCAAGGGCUUCUGCUGUGAUAUCUGCUGCGACGACAGCCCAGACAUGGACACGUUUGCGAUGAAGUGCGGGCACCGGUUCUGCGUGGACUGCUACAGGCAGUACCUUGCAACCAAGAUCCAGGACGAGGGGGAGGCUGCCAGGAUAAGAUGCCCAGGCGAAGGCUGUACCCGCAUUGUCGACUCGAAAUCACUAGACCUCUUGGUCACAGAAGACCUCCAUGACAGAUACCACACGCUUCUCACACGAACGUACGUCGACGACAAAGAGAAUCUCAAGUGGUGUCCCGCGCCCGACUGCAAAUAUGCUGUGCAGUGUGGUGUCAAGAGCAAGGACCUCAAUAAGAUUGUGCCGACCGUUCACUGCGACUGCGGACACCUGUUCUGCUUCGGGUGCACUCUUGCCGAUCACCAGCCAGCGCCAUGCUCAUUAGUCAAGAAGUGGCUAAAGAAGUGCGAGGACGACAGCGAGACCGCGAAUUGGAUAUCAGCGAACACGAAGGAAUGCCCAAAAUGCGUCUCGACUAUAGAAAAGAACGGAGGCUGUAACCACAUGACAUGCCGGAAGUGCCGACACGAGUUCUGCUGGAUGUGUAUGGGUGUGUGGUCGGAACACGGAACCAGCUGGUACAACUGCAACCGCUUCGAGGAGAAGAGCGGCUCGGAUGCUAGGGACGCUCAAGCUAAGAGUAGGCAGUCGCUCGAGCGAUACCUGCACUACUACAACCGAUACGCAAACCACGAACAGUCUGCGAAGCUCGACAAGGACAUCUACUUGAAGACGGAGAAGAAGAUGCAGCAACUCCAGAACUCGACGGGCAUGUCGUGGAUUGAGGUUCAGUUUCUCGAUCAAGCGUCACAGGCGCUGCAGCAGUGUCGACAGGUUCUUAAGUGGACGUACGCGUUCGCUUAUUACCUGGCGCGAAACAACUUGACAGAGAUCUUUGAAGACAACCAGAAGGAUCUUGAGAUGGCCGUUGAAAACCUCAGUGAGAUGUUUGAAAAGCCCAUCGACCAGCUCCAGGGUUUGAAGGUUGAAAUGAUGGACAAGACCAGCUAUUGCACGAAGAGGCGGAUCAUCCUACUGAAUGAUACAGCCGACAACCUCAAGCAAGGCAACUGGGAAUUUAUUGUAUCUCUCACUUGA